GUCUGAGGGGAGGGCCGGAUUAGAAAAGCGGUGGUCCAUAGAGAGACACGAGGAGUCAGAUUUCAGUUUAUGCGAGGGCCCCUGCAGUCGAGACUCACUGAAGCUGCCUUUGUUUGACCGGGGAACCAAAAGAGAGAGAGAGAGGGAGGAGGAGGAGAGUCAGAGGCUUUUAGUUUGGUGUCAGUGAGAAAGGGGGCAGAGUGGGCUCCAUCUCUCUCUCUCUGUGUCUUACCAAGGCUCUCACACAUGAACAGGACAACUUUAGUUUGGAUCUAAGCUCAACAUCACUAAAGAUGACUUCACGGAUUCCUCCCUGGCUCUUUGGAUUAUUUCUACUCGUCCUCCAGUUCUGCUUCCACCACUCCUCUGCCUAUGAGCCGUUGGAAGAUCGGGGUUCCUCAGGAGCCUUGGACCUCACCGAGUUGAUCGGCGUCCCCCUCCCUCCCUCCGUCUCCUUCGUCACAGGAUUUGAGGGUUACCCCGCCUACAGCUUCGGCCCGGAUGCCAACGUGGGCCGCCUCACUAAAUCCUUCAUCCCCGACCCGUUCUACCACGACUUCGCCAUCACGGUCACGGCUAAAGCGACCACGCGCCAAGGUGGGGUGCUGUUCGCCAUCACGGAUGCUUACCAAAAGAUUGUACACCUGGGGAUCGCAUUGUCCGAGGUGGAGGAUGGUUCCCAGAGAGUCAUGCUGUACUACACCGAGCCGGGGACGAGAGGGACGCAGGAAGCAGCUUCCUUUAAGAUGGGAGACCUGACGGGGAGAUGGGCGAGGUUCACUCUGACUGUGCAGGGGGCCGAGGUGCGUCUCUUCAUGGACUGUGAGGAAUACCACCGUGUGGACUUCAUCAGAACUCCUCAGCCCCUGACCUUCGAGGCCAGCUCUGGCAUCUUCGUGGGGAACGCAGGCGGGACGGGCCUGCCGAGGUUUGUGGGCUCCAUCCAGCAGCUGGUGCUGAAGUCAGAUCCCACGGCCCCAGAUGACCAGUGUGAGGAGGACGAUCCGUAUGCGUCUGGAUACGGAAGCGGUGAUGAUGCUUACGACGACAUGGAGGGACGAGAAGAAGUGAAGAAGAUUGUGGAGGAGAGAGAGUACACCAUGCCCCUCCUGGAGUUGGACCCCACCUACAGCAGCCCUGUUCGAGCUCCGCCCACUGAGAUGUCACCAAUUGACGAUGAAGACACAGAGGAGACGUCAGGACAGGAGGCGGAGACGACCACAGUGAGAGUGAAAUCAGUCCGGACGAAUUCUCCUGCCUCUGUUCCUGACACUUCCCUGCAGGUGUCUCCACAGCAGAAAGGGGAGCGAGGUGAACCAGGUCCAGCCGGUCCCCCAGGACCACCUGGCCUUCCAGGACAAGCCUCAGGGGAUGGUCGGGGAGGGGGGCCGGGACCUCGGGGUCCACAAGGGCCACAGGGAUCUGCAGGCACACCUGGACUUCCUGGGAAAGAUGGACAGCCAGGAAGCAAAGGUGAAGACGGUGUCGCUGGGGCAACUGGGAUUCCAGGAUUUCCAGGAAUACAGGGAGAGCCUGGUCCAAAAGGAGAGAAGGGUGAUCGUGGUGUUGGACUACCAGGUAUUCCAGGCCCUCCUGGACCUCCAGGUCAACCAAGCAAGUCUCCCAGGUCCCUGGAGGGGUCAGGAUUUGAAGACUUUGACAGUGAUGCAGAGAUUCUUAGGGGCCCUCCAGGACUACCAGGGCCACCUGGACCCCCAGGAACCCCAUCUGAUGACAUAUUUCCUGGACCACCUGGGGCACCUGGGAGAAAUGGGAAAGACGGAGCGAGGGGAGAACCUGGGCUCCCUGGAGUUGAUGGGAGAGAUGGAGAUCCUGGGCUUGCUGGGGUGAAAGGAGACAAGGGAGAGCCUGGGGUGAACGGGCAGCCAGGACCAAAGGGAGAUCAGGGCCCUCCAGGGUUUCCAGGUCUAGCAGGCUCAGAUGGUCCAGAGGGGCCACCUGGUCAAAGGGGUCUACCUGGUCCUCCUGGGCCGCCAGGUCCUCCUGCAAGAGGAUACACCAUGGACUUUGAGGACUUAGAAGGAUCUGGGAUGCUGGGUGGUUUGGGGGCAGUGCCCUCCGGAGGUCCACAGGGUCCUCCAGGUAUCCCUGGACUGAGAGGACCACAGGGUCAAGAUGGUUUAGCUGGCCUUCCUGGAAAGCCGGGGCUGAAGGGGGAGCCUGGCAUCACCGGACGACCAGGGUUUCCAGGGAUAGAAGGACUUAAAGGGGCAGAGGGACAAAAGGGGAGCAAAGGGGAUCUAGGACAAAAGGGAGAUGCAGGACGGGAUGGGACCAGUCUCCCCGGCCCUCCUGGCCCACCUGGCCCCCCAGGACCCGUCAUCAACCUGCAGGAUCUUAUGCUGAACGGUACAGAUGGUGACUUCUCAGGGAUGUUUGACGCUCAGGGAGGCGCUGGUCUGAAGGGUGACUCUGGGUUUCCAGGGAUCCGGGGACCUUCAGGACUGAAAGGUGAAAAAGGAGAGCCUGGAUAUGUCAUUGCAGCAGAUGGAUCCAUGACGUCAGGACUGGCUGGUCCGAUUGGACCAAAAGGAGACAAGGGUGAUUUCGGUGUAGCCGGUCCUCCUGGAAUGACAGGGCCUAUUGGACCAGCAGGACCUAAAGGAGAAUUUGGUUUCCCUGGCAGACCUGGUCGUCCAGGCCACAUGGGAGUUAAAGGAGACAGAGGGGACUCUGGAGGGCAGCCGGGACUUCCUGGUCCUCCUGGGCCACCGGGUCGCCCAGGCAUAUAUAACUGCCCUAAAGGAACAGUGUUCCCCAUCCCACCCAGACCUCACUGCAAAAUGGCCAACUCCUCCAGAAUGUCUCUAAAAUAUUCCUGCACCCUGCAUGUCCGGUCUGGAAAGGUGAAGGCUCAUUGCCAAAACAGAAAUGAGCUGAAUCCAGAUGGAACCGUCUCACUUGGUAACUGUCCCAAAGGAGAAAAGGGGGAGAGAGGUCUCCCUGGGUUACCUGCUCCACCAAACACAUUCCUUCCCCGGGGAGGCUGGGGAGCAAGAGGAGACCAGGGCUUUCAAGGAGAGAGGGGAGACAAAGGGGAGGAAGGGUUGCCCGGUCAACCAGGAAUCCCAGGGAGACCAGGACCUGUGGGACCGAAAGGAGAGUCAGUGCUUGGUCCUCAGGGACCUCCUGGGGUGCCAGGUUCACCAGGUAUUCCAGGCUAUGGCAGACCAGGACCGGUCGGCCCUCCUGGACCACCGGGGCCACCAGGGCUGCCGGUGUCAACCUCAAGAUAUGGCUCAGCUUUGACCAUUGCGGGCCCCCCUGGUCCCCAAGGACCCCCUGGACCACCUGGAACUUCGGGUAAUUCGGCAUCUAUGAAAACCUUUUCUAGCCGGGAGAUCAUGAUGCAGAAGACGGUCAGAGACGCAGAGGGAACUCUGGCGUACGUUACGGGAACAGGAAGCCUCUUCAUCAAAGUUUUGCAGGGAUGGAAAGAGAUACAGCUUGGCAGCCUGAUCUACCUCUCCAAUAACAUUAUUCCACAAGAUGAGCCUCGUGUUGCGUAUCAGACAAGAGGACACACGAUGGAAAGGGUGCGUUCACCAACAGAAAGGCUCAACAUAGUGGCCUUAAACCAGCCUCACUCAGGCGACAUGAUGGGGCUCGACACGGCCGAUCGGAUGUGUUACGAGCAAGCCAAGGCGAUGGGUUUACCUCCCAACUACCGCGCCUUCAUUUCCUCCCACAGGCAAGACCUGGUCCAUGUGGUCUAUCCUGGCUUCAGGGAAACUCUGCCCGUUACCAACCUCAGGGGAGACAUCAUGUUCAGGAACUGGCGGUCAAUUUUCACCGGUGAUGGGGGGCCACUUAACUCCAGGAUACCAAUCUACUCUUUUGAUGGCCGGGAUGUUUUAGCUGAUCCCUUCUGGCCUCAGAAGAGCAUCUGGCACGGCUCUAGCAACCGGGGUCUACGGGUGACGGACAAACACUGUGAGACGUGGCGUGCCAACCACAUGUCCGUCAUGGGCCAGUCAUCCAGUCUGACCUCAGGUCUGCUCCUGGGCCAGCAGACACGGAGCUGUUCCAACCAGUACAUCGUGCUUUGCAUCGAGACCCACAAAAACUCUUAAAUCUCCCAAAACCACUCCAUCAAAAGAACCCGCCAAAACACAGAGAGAAGAUCUAAGUGACUCUUUUUGGAAAAAGAUGUUGAUCACAUCUUCGGUGCUACAUGUAGCAUUUUAUGGUUGUUAAAAUCCGACGACCACAUUCACUGCCUCGUUAAAAACACAGAAGAUACUAAUGCCUUUACAUCUCUGCCGUCUUCAGUGUUUUUCCUGAGAGGCGAGACGAUGAAGAGGCUGAAACAAACUCUUACCAACUUAUAAUCUGGGAAUCUAAGCUAAUGUGAGGAUGAUUCUACGCUGUGGCUCUGGAAUAAUUUUGCCUUAAAGAAAUGUCCAUUUGGUCCAGAGGACUCCCUUUAUGUUCAAACUAGUGGCACAUAAUGUAAAAUGCAACACGAAGGCUGAUGGGUUUGAAGUGGUGCCAAUGCUGACAUCUCAAAGAGAGUGUGGUAAUAGUCUGUUGAUGAUAGCGUGUCCACUGCCGCGUUUUUUUAUGCUGGGAGCGCCCAUGACCUCAAUUUCAGAGCGCUUCCCACCAGCGUAUACUGUUGUUGGGUAUCGAAGGUCAAUCUGCGUCCUGCUAGGUCUGUUUUAAAAAGCUCUGUAUGCUUCAUUCACGCUUUCAUUCAAUGGUAUUUUAACAUGAAACUGUAAAACCUAUCGAUAGAAAUCGUGUCAGAGCAUCAGCAGCAGCUCUAAACCAGGAAAUGAUAUCUCCAAAAGACGAGUGUGAUCACUUUUCUCCUCUGCACCGACCUCCUCCAUUGUGUUGACAAAGAUGAUUGAAGUAGUCCCGCCCCUUCUUGAUUCUGAUUGGUCAGUGAUCAAGAAGUCAGAAAUCAGCUGACCCUGAGGGCGUUUCGCACUAAGGGUACUGAGUGCUUAAAACACUGAAUCACAGUUUGCAUAGAAAACAGGUGCUGCCAGUGCAAAAAAUGGCAGCAGUGGACACGCCCCCUUAGUAUUUUUGUUCAAGGGAAGUAGAAUCAUUGCAACAAGACACAUCUGUGUCACUUUAAAAGAACCAAAUACAAAGUAGCAGAAAUGGCUUUUACCACACGGGUGGCCACCAUUGACUGUAUACAGGAAGUUGAUGUCAACAUCUGUGACUUCACUUGACUUUUUUUUUCAAAACCUCAAGCUUGGCACAAAAGUAAAAUGAUGACAAGGCGUUCAAUGUGGUGUACAGUAAAUAAAAAAUAAUUUACAAAAGAAGUGGUAGGAGACUCAGUUCAGUAGUAAAAAAAACUCCUAGAGGAUAACAUAAGUUAUUUUUUUAAUCUGUUUUCAUGUUUCCAGACAGACGUCCCCAUCUGUUUUUAUUUUGGAUCUGUAUCGCCAAUUUUACUCUGGAUUGGAUCAAAUUGAAUAUUAGCAUUAAAGCUGCUGUUGGUAGUCGUGAUAUAAACAUCAGUUCUGAGAGAGAUUUUGAAUGUCAACACUACCCCUACCCUCUCUGCUGUUGUAACCUCGCCCUGUGCGUGUUCCAUGAGGAAGUAGUGGUUUCCCAGCCAAUCAGGGCGACGUAGUGGGGCCGCCACUCGACCAAUCAGGACAGAAGUUGGGGAGUAGCUCUGAUUGGUCUGCGAAUACCAGGAACAAGGGGAAUAAUAACAUCACUUGAUACAUAGGCAUUGGAAAACACAGAGAUUUAUUAUGACCUUUUCUCCAAACCCAGAAGAAAAAAAGUACAGUUUUUGACACCAUUCCUACCAACAGAAGCUUUAAGCUACAUCAAAGACGACUUGAAUUAGAGAGUGGGACUUUUAACUAAUUUGGAAAAUGUUGAUGAAUGUGAUAAAUCAAGAGAUAAGUAGAGACGUUUUCUCAUUAGCUUUCAUUAAAUCACACUUCUUUUUGGAAAAUAUUGGAGUCGCCCCCUGCUGGCCAUUAGUAACAAUGCAGGUUGUCGCUAACGGUUCAGCUUUGGCUUCACUUGUUGAACCCUGUGGCUACAUCCACUUCUUAUAUACUGUCUAUGAGAAACACCCAGUCAUGUUAAGAACGAGAGGACUACCUUUCUAAAGUUGCCUCUUUAUCUUUAAGCGAAAACUGAAGACCGAGGAAUCCACGCCUCUCCUGAAACAUGGUUGGUUUUUUUUAAAUGAUGGAUUUCUAAAGACUUUUGAGAUGGAAGCAUAACAGACUACUUUGACUUUGUUGUUUUCAGGUUGUAAUCAAUUCAUUUUUAAAGCUUACUCAAAGUUAAAAGGCAUAAAUGUUCUUCCCAUAGCUUGCGUAGUUCCUCAUCUUUGAGACCAGACAGCCAGUGUUGCCACCAAAGAAAUUUCGAUGCACUGUACUUUAUUUUUUUUAUAUAUAUUUUGUAGUUCUAACAUUUUCAUCCUUAAAAGUGUUGUUGUAGCUUUGUUCAUACAUCUUGUUGAUCUCACUUCCUAGCAGUUCUUUCUCUCGGUAGGCUAUUUAAUUUAAAUCCAACGAUUUAUUUAUACCGUCACAGCACAUAACAUUUAAAAACAAAUCAGAAGAUUAAAUUUAAGAAUGUAAUUUAUCAUGUGUUGGUUGUUUCUUCACACUUUGUGCGUCUUUUCUAUUCUUUGUACAGUUUUUAUUUUUACAGUAAUAGAGUUUUGAAGAAUGUUGUCAACAGUCAGAACAAAUUUCCAUAGUUGGAAAAUUAAAAGUGAAACAAGUGAAAUAUUUCAAGACUGAAAAAAAAAAGAUUUUAGAUGAAAACUUCUAAGGGAAAAUAGAGCACAUGUUUUGUAUAAAUAUUGGUGCUUUGUUUAAUAAAAUUUUCUCUUUUGGUAA